AUGGAGAACAAUCUAAGUCGAAGUGGGAGCCGAUCGAGUUCAGUAUGUGAGCUCGAAAAGGAUCUUAGCGAUAUGAAAAUAAUGAAAUCUAGGACGAAUCCACGUAACUCAGUGGGUUCAGCACGAAAAGCAAAACGAAUAAGAUUUUUUCGAAACGGUGACAAAUUUUAUUCAGGAGUAACAAUUCCAGUUUUGCCAGAACGCUAUAGAUCUUUUGAUAGUUUGACUGCAGAUUUGACUAGGGUGCUUGUUGAUAAUGUUACUUUACCAAGUGGUGUAAGGACAAUUUAUUCACUUGAGGGUAGAAAAGUAAGAAAAUUAGACGACCUGGAAGAUGGGCAGUCAUAUGUAUGUAGUGGCGUUGGUGAACCUUUCAAACGCUUAGAUUAUGAAGCUAGUGCUGUUACACCACAAUCUUUUAGACUUAGUGGUCCUGAAGCCUUAAAUGAUAGUGCAAGUCCAUCACCAGCAAGAGCUAACAAUAGGCUGUCCCGUUACUUACAAACAAAUGGUAGCAGUAAUGCAACUGGUAAUGGGACAGCAAGAGUCAGUCCUGCUGGGGACAAUGUAGUUCGGCCACGCAUAGUUACUAUUAUUAGAAAUGGAGUUAAACCCAGAAAGGUAUGUAGAUUGCUACUGAACAAACGUAACAGUCCCACUCUGGAGCAUGCUCUAGCUGCAAUAACAGAGUGCAUCAAGCUUGAUACUGGCUGUGUACGCAAAGUGUUCACUCAAUCUGGUACCCCUGUCACAGCUCUGCACCAGUUCUUUGAAGAUGAAGAUGUAUUCUUUGCUUAUGGAAGUGAAAGAGUUAAUCAAGAAGACUUUGAGUUAGAAUUUGAAGAAAGCAAAGCAGUUUUGCAGUGCAGAAAAAACCCAAUUACUAAAAAUUCCAGGUCGGGUCCGAAGCCGCGCAUGCCGGUGAAGGCGAGCGGCGCGGCGGCGAGCGGCGCGGCGCGCGGCGACGCCGAGCCGGCCGCCGCGCAGCUGCUGCCGCACCCGCUGCGCCUCAAGUACACCGUCGGCAAAAUCAUCGGUGACGGCAACUUUGCUGUUGUACGAAUAUGUAAGGACAAGAACACUAGCAAGGAAUACGCUCUCAAAAUAAUUGACAAAGCAAAGUGCAAAGGCAAAGAGCACUAUGUGGAAGCAGAGGUGCGCGUAAUGAGAAAGCUAUGCCAUCCACGCAUUGUAUCCCUUAUAGAGGAACAAGACUGCCCAGAGUGGUUGUUCCUCAUUAUGGAACUAGUUAGUGGUGGAGAUUUAUUCGAUAGUAUUGCAGCUGUAUGUAAAUUCUCAGAGCCUCAAGCGCGUUUGCUAAUUGGUCACCUAACAUCAGCUAUUGCAUAUCUGCACUCACUUUCUAUUGUGCAUCGUGACAUCAAACCCGAAAAUUUACUGGUAGAAGUAGGGCCGGAUGGUAGUAUACGCGGCUUGAAACUUGCAGACUUCGGCUUAGCCGUCGAAGUGUGGCGGCCUCUUCAUGCUGUAUGCGGUACUCCAACAUAUGUUGCUCCAGAAAUAUUGCUAGAGACUGGAUAUGGUUUGAAGAUUGACGUAUGGGCGGCGGGUGUCAUCCUAUAUAUCCUGUUAUGUGGCUUCCCUCCAUUCUCUUCUCCCGACGGCGAUCAGGAAAAGUUGUUUGACGCGAUCCUCUCUGCCCGUCUCGAGUUCCCAGCGCCACAUUGGGAACGGGUGUCAGCUGGAGCCAUCGAUCUUGUGGCUAACAUGCUUCGUCCUCAACCGGAGCUACGCUUUGCAGCCGAAGAUGUGCUUGACCAUGCAUGGAUGUCGGAUGACUAUGACGAGAGUUGUGACUUCCGCACGUGGUACGACGAAGACUCUUCAUAG